CGCAAUACUACGCGACUGUUGCAACAUAGCACAUACCUGGGUGGGGACCAUUAGGUAUUUAGUCUGCUAUGUACGAUCCUGGCCAUGGGUUUUUUUUCUUUCUCACCUCACUGUCAAGUCCGUCUCCACGCACGAAGAACACUGAACAGUCUAGGUAUUAAAACAAACGUUGAAACCAAAACACCAUCAUGGCCCCCAUCAAAACAGUAGCCGUUCUCGGAGGCAGCACAGGCAACCUCGGCCCCUCCCUCAUCCACGCCCUCCACAACGCGGGCUUCACCGUCACCGCCAUCACCCGCCCCUCCCCCACCCCCAGCACUAACACCACCACCACCACCACCAACCCUCCCACCCCAAACCUCCCCCCCGACACCCGCACCCUCACAGCGGACUACGCCUCGGUCGAAUCCCUCACCGCCGCCUUCUCCGGCCAGGACGCGGUGGUGUCGGCGGUGGGCACGCAGGCGGUCGGCACGCAGCACACGGCGGUGGAUGCGGCGGUGGCGGCGGGCGUGCAGAGGUUCGUGCCGUCCGAGUUUGGCAUCCAUACGCGUCUGGUGCGGGAGAGGCCGAUUGGGCGGGUGUUGGCGGGGAAGGUGGGGGUGGUGGAUUAUUUGGAGGGGGUUGUUGAGAGGACUGGAGGGGAGGGGGGGUUGAGUUGGACGGGGGUGUCGACGGGGUUGUUUUUUGAUUGGGGCCUCGAACGCAGCGGGUUAGGUACCGUCAAUAUAAAGGACAAGACGGCCACUGUCAUCGACUCGGGCGACGAGAAGUGGUACGCCAGCACCCUCGCGCAGAUCGGUAGGGUUGUGGCGGGCAUUUUGAAGCACCCCGACGAGACGGCGAACAAGUACAUCGCCACAGCGUCGUUUAACCUCUCCCAGAACGAGCUGAUUGCGAUUGUGGAGGAGUUGACGGGAUGGAAGUUGGCAGUCACGAAGAUAAAGUCGGCGGAUCUGCAACAGAGUGGUGAGGCGAAGCUCGCGGCGGGUGAUUACUCGGCGUUUGUGGACUUGUUGAGGGCGCACAACUCUGCGGACGGCGCGGGCAACGGGCUGCCCGAGGAGGAGAGCGCGAACGGGUUGAUCGGUGUGCCGUAUGAGGAUGUGAGGGAGUCCGUGAAGAGCUGGCUGCAGCGGGAAGGGGCGCUGUAAACAACAACUAGACUCACGGCGCGUAAAGGGGUCGUGGGUUAAAAUCUAAAAUACAACGAUGAUGUUCUUAUUGCG